AGCUUUUAGCGCCCCCGUCGAUCGCGCCGGUGUCUCUCUCUCUCUCUCUCUCUCACGGCUUCACCUGAGAACCAACCUACAGGCCACCGUAUUUGGCUCUCAUUUCAAGCCUUUUCACCGCUAUAUACAAGAGAUGAAGAAAAAGAAGCAAAAUCCUGUAACUGAUUCCAAACCUGAUACUGAUUUGAAGUCUAUCAUUCAUCAGCAUUCUCUGUUCUUUGACAAGCUAGUUGAGUUAAUCCCUGCAAAGUUCUAUCUACCCAGUGAUGAUACGGAUAGGCCAUGGUUUCAGGGCCUCAGCAAGGCCAAAAAAGCUUCGGCAAAGAAGGAAUCAAGGGAGAACAUUAAGAAGGCUCGAAGAGAUCGUUUGGAUCCAGAAAAGUCUUCCACGACAACCCUUGAUUUGCUAAAGCAAAGCUUGGAGAAGGAAAAAUUGAAUGAGAGUGACGAUGAGGAAAUUGAGAUUAAACCUAUGUUGUCUGGCGUUGAAGUUAAUGAUCGACCGGUGACGUUAGAGGAACUUCGGCAAAAACUGCAUAAAAAAAUCGAACAGUCCCGAGCGAUUCGGAAUCCUGAAGUUUCAAACAGAGCAAAGAAGAGGAGUGGGCAAGACAACAACAAAGGAAUUCAGCAGAAGAAGCGCAAGAGAGAGUCUGUUUCUGAAGAAAAGAAACCAAAAACUAGUAGCUCUGCAGAUGAAGUGGAGAAGGAUAUAGUAGAAGCUUCAAAGGGACUAGCAUUUAGUCAUGUCAAACUUGGGAAUGAGGAAGAGCAUGGAAAGAAGAAAAAGAUGAAACUUUCGAAGUUUCAGGAGCUUGAAAGGGCAAAGAUGUUGGAAGAAGCGAAGAAAGAUCCUGGGAAAGGUGAGAUUAUCUCACAGAAGCAUUCGUGGAAAGCAGCAACAAGUAGAGCAGCCGGGAUGAAGGUUCAUGAUGAUCCCAGCCUGUUGAAAAGGAGCAUAAAGAAGGAGAAGAAGAGGCAUCAGAAGAAUGCUGAGAAAUGGAAGGAGAGGCUGCAGACCACAGUGAAGAUGAAAGCAGUGAAACAGGAAAAGAGAUCAGAAAAUAUAGCACAGAGGAUCCAAGACAAGAAAAUGCGGCGAAUUGCCAAAAGAGAGAAAAAGCUAAUGCGUCCAGGAUUUGAAGGUCGAAAGGAAGGUUUUAUUAAUGAAGGUGCCUCCUCCUAAACUUUGUAUUGAGUUUCUGCCUCUUGUUAUUGCCUUUUCGCCUUUGCUUUUAAAUGGGUUGGCAUAAAUUCAUGGAAAUUUUUUCUUUUCGAGGGAUUCUGCUGUAUAGAUCCCCCACCCUAUCCCUUCCUUUCCCCUCUUCGCCUCUUUAACAUAGUAGAUGAAUGUUGUUGAAGAAUUUGAGUUUCAGUUUGAUA